AGUUUCCUGCCGUUCCAGUCCAUCUACUGCACGGCGCUCGACCAAGAUAUUGAGAACAGCUCCCAGCUGAGCCAGACCUGCGCCCUCCUCCACACGCACAAAUUUAUUGAGCCACUCACCACGCGCAGGAACGAGCACGAGAGGUCCAGGAAGGUCAUCAAGGACACUUGGCACAAGGAACUCAAGCGGGUUACCGAAGCUGUCUCCAACCUCAAGAAGUCCAAGGUCAUCUACUUCCAGCGCCAGCAGGAGCUGGUCAAGGCCAGGGAGAUGGUGGCGCGCGCUGACAACACCGAAGGUCUCGACAAACUGGAAAGAAAACGAGACGAGGCGCUCCAGAAGGCGCGGGAGGCGGAGGCGUGGUACAGGGCGUGUGUGAGCGAGGCCAACGAGCGCCACGGGUCGCUGCUGAGGGUGAAGAGGGACGUGCUGGUGCAGGCGCGGGAGCUGAUCCUCCAGUGUGACCAGACCAUGAAGGCCGUCACUGUCGGCUACUUCCAGCUCCAGCACACUGUGGCGGCCCCCGCCCCCGUCCAGCUGCAGACACUGUGUGAGAGCUCCCGGCUCUACGAGCCCGGCUCCCAGUACAUGGAGUUUGUGAAGAGACUGGGCCCGUCGGUGAGCGUGGAGCAGCCCGAGACGCCCUUCACCUUCCAGCCCUACACCCCCGGCGCCCAGGACCUCCCUGGCAAUAACGACCCCACUGCCAAUGGUUCCGUGGCCUCCGCUGACGACCUGCCAGUGGGUCGACUGGUGGGACAAGGCGGCAGCGACACCGACAGCGUCGGGUCGUCGCACUCGGCCAAGAGUGCCGACGCCUCGCCCACGCACUCUCCCCGACCCACCGCCAGGCGGACCCACACCGUCUCCUCCGGCGAUGAACUGGAGACUGACCCAGACAUUG